UGAAUUGUGGCGAUGUCUAUACCUUACAUGCGACCAGGAUCUCAUCCUCAGAGCCGCUUCAUGUGGGCAACGACACCUUCAGUCCACUGCAACAGAGCCGAUGCCACCACAAAUCUCCGUGACAGGUAUGCCACGCCUCAUGGCUUCGCAUUACCAUUAGCGAUUUGACGGACAUUUAUGUGGAUUUCUUCGAUGAGGUAGGUGUUUGGAAUGCAAAAUACAUUGGUAAGUCGAGUUGAAGAAUACAGAUUGUCAGAUUGACGGACUCAUGGUGUUAAUCUCUUACAUAUUUUUGCAAAAGAAAAAAGACACUUCCUUCAGAUUGUAGCUGCAGAUCCUCAGUGAUUAGUGUGCUGACAGCUAAUUGAAUAGUCAAUACAUAUUUUGAUUUAUGUUUUCAUGGCCAUUGUGAGGCUAUUGCUGGGUUGCAUUAGCUGCUAGCCAACUUUACAAGUUCUGUGAAAUUUAGAUUGCCCAUGACGCUGCUUAGUUCUUAUACUUGUCAGUUAUCAUGUUCUUUUUGUUGUGUUCCAUGCAUCCUAUCAAUUUGCGAUAUACAUAUAUCCGGCUAAAUGGACAUGAGCAUCAAGUAUCACCAUCCAGUAAUCUAUUUUUGUGUCGGUGCCAUGCAAAGGAGAAAUAUGUAAAAUUGCCCCCAAGUAUUGCAUUCCUGGUACGAUUUUUUAUCGUUACUUCCUCUGUUUUUUUCUGUCUUUGUCUGAAAACACAAUUCAGAUUUUUGUUUGCUUGAUCAACAGUAUUUCACUCAAACCAGUGUUAGGUACUCUCUUUCUGGCAAAAGUUUAGGUUGAAUAAGACAAUAUGCAAAUAAUUUCAUGGUUGUUGAUGGCUGAGUAUUUUUUUUCUAUGGGUUUUGACUUUGAAUCUGUCGCUAAAUUUGCCACAUUACCGCACUUGCUGAAAGAAAGGCUGUGUUCACUAAGGCACUGGUCACGUGGCAAUUUCUGAUUAGCUGAGGUGCUCACCGGUGUUCGUACAAACUAUUUUGGGCCUUCCCGACAGGAUGUUUGGGUUUGCCGGUUUGCCAAGCAUGCAUCCAAUCACCACCACAUGUUGCCUAGCAACUAAAAGUAAUUCAUGCUGACCAUGACUGCUGCAAAAUUCUAAAGAUAAUAACAAUAUAUACUGCAUCAGUUUUGUCACUUUAACUUGUAUGUAGACGACAAAUCUAUUCUGAAAAUACCAGUGUAGUACACACUCUUGUUACUCAUUAGCCCAUAAUCAAGGAGGAUUUAUCAAUAUGCAAUUCCAUCAGUGAUAGAUAGAUGGAAGCUUCCUAUAACUUUCAGAUAGUAGUCUUCCAUAGUCCGAUGAGAUUGACUGCAAGAUUUGUCUGUUUCUGCCCAGUGGAUAUGAAGAAAUCAAAGGAAUAAACCAAAAAUUCCAAUAGUAUUCCUUGGAUAUGUCAAUAUGCCAAACUUUGCCAAUUGUAUUCUGUGUAGAGUAAAAGCUUCUUAUCUUGUUCCUAUCUGUUAAUGAUGGCUUAGACAUGCAGUUCUAUAAAUGUAGCUGUGCAUCAAAAGCCAGAGUUGUUCCAGCCAAGACACCCAACUGAACACUAGUUCCUAUAUACUUGUACGAACACACCAAUCCUUCCUUAGGAGGGUAGAAAACAAUGCACGGGGCAGGUUCGCAGGAGCAGCGCAUGCAGGAUCACUUGGCGCAGCUUGGCCCGGUCUUGUGUGAGUGUGCGGUGCAUGUAACCGAAGGAUCCUUUGACAAGACUGACUGCAGCCUUAGGAAGAUCAGAGAGCUUGCCUCAAUAGUUGACGGGCCGCUUCAGCGUCUGUCCUUGAUCAUUGCCGACAGCCUAUUCCGCCGCCUUCUACGCCCUAUGCAGGGCUUUGCUUCUGCGCUCAUCGAUCCAUCUCGUUACCUUGAGAAGUGGUGCCUCCGUGUUGCCCGCAACAGCUUCGCCAGCAUCAGUCCCUACCUGGCCACAGGCUUUGUCACUAUUAACCGGGCUAUCCUGGAGCAAGUUCAAGAUAAACAGCUGCAGGUUGUCCGCAUCAUUGACUUGUCGGGCUCAACCACCCACCAAUGGCAGUGGCUCAAGAUUCUACAUGACUUCCAUGGCCGCCCUGGCGGGCCACCCGAACUACGACUGACUGUUGUCCAUGAAGACAGCGAGUUCCUGGACUACAUGCAGACGUUGCUCUCUAAGCAAGCUGGCACCCUGAUGCCAUCGUUCCAUUUCGACAAGGUGGUUGGGAGACUCGAGGCGCUGGACUUCAGCAAUCUCCGUGAGAUCCUCAAGAUAAACUUCGGCGAGGCGGUCGUGAUCAGCUGCGCUCUACAGAUGCACCGCCUUCUCGCCGUUGAUGAUGAUGACGACGCGAGCCGCGACGGCAUUGCUCAGCUCCAGCAGAUGGCGAACAAGGCUCACCUCAAGCAAAUGAUGAUGGCCAGCAGCCCGAGAUCGACACUGAGCUAUCCACAGACACCAUCCCCCCAACGUCAGAUACCAAAGUUGCUGGUGAGCUUCCUCUCUGCCGUCCGCGCGCUCAAACCGAAUAUCGUUGUGAUGAUGGAGCAAGAAGCAGACCACAAUGCCCCGCUGUUCCGCGAACGGUUCGCCGAGAUGCUCCGAUACUACGCCGCCCUCUUCGACAGCCUCAACGCUGCGGCGGCUGGCCGCGAAGAUGACGAGCGGGCUCGCGUGGAGAGGGUGCUCCUCAGGGAGGAGAUCAAGAACAUGCUGGUGUGCGAGGGGGCCCAGCGGCACGAGCGGCAUGAGAAGCUGAGCCAGUGGGAGAUGCACAUGAACCGGUGCGAGUUUCAGUCUGUGCCACUCAGCUUCGACGCCAUUAGGGAGGGCAAAGAGAAGAUGAUGAGCUCCGGGCUGAAAGAAUGCCGCGGCAUCGAAGAAGACAAGCAUCGCCUUCUGCUGUCCUGGGGUGAGACGCAUCUCUACUCCGUCUCCGCAUGGAGGCCACGUGGAUAGAUCGAUGUGUGCCAAGUAAUGUUGCCAGACAGUGCAGUAUGCCUCUCCGUUCAUGGCGAUUUCUGGAGCUGCAGAGAAGACAUUGAUGCAGAGCGUAUUUUUUAGACAAAUCAAGAAUUUAUUGCUCCAUGUUGCUGCUGCGUAGAAGACGCUGUUGCUUUUUGGCAACUCAAACUGAUUGGUGUGAAGCUUAGGUAUGUCCAUUGUGUUUGUCCAAGUCUGUUUUCGGACUAGGAUAUGUUCUUUAUGGUCCGAUUUUUUUUAUACUGAUGCUCUCCAGUUGAACAUUGGAAAAGACAGCAGAAUUGAAUUGGUUUUGGAGACCUGCAAAAACAAUGUACUAUCCGACUGACAAGUUUGAACAAUGCAGUCUCUUGUGAUUGACAUGUCA